AUGUUGGUGAUUUCCUCAAAAAUUCCAAAGAUAGCAGUGGUAAUCUUUUAUUUAAAGGAAAUGAAGUGGAGGCUCUUAGAAAAGAAAGAUAGAAAAUCUGAAUUUAAUCCUGACCAAAUUAAGUUUUGGUUGCUUCCUGAUAAAAUCAAAGAAGAAGGUUUAGAAAGUAUUCAUGCUGAAUUAGGAAAAAAAAGAAGUGAAUUAACCAAAAUUGGUUUUCAGAAAGCUGACAAAGAACAAAAAUUGAAUGACAUUUUAGGCAAAAUCAAAGCUCUUGAAACUGGAAGAAUUGAUCAUUUAAGAGAUCAACUUAAAUUUUUAGGUGAUAAAUUAACUAAUCCCAGUGAUGCAAAUAUAAUCUCUCAUCAAGAAACAAUUGCCAUUAGAACUUUGAUAUAUUUCUUAACUGAUUUAGAAAAGGAGGGCAAAUUAGAAACUCCACUGACUGAUACUGAAAAAGGAUAUCUCACUAAUACUAAAGUAGAACAAUUAGAAGCUAUAGCUACUCGAAAUGCUAGUCUUCCUAAAUAUAAAAAUUACAGUGAUAAAAAGUUAUUUAAAAAGGAUGAACUAAAACUUAAAGAGAUUGCCAAUAUUCUGCUCAAUUUAGAAGAUAAAAGCACUUUCUUUACUGAACUUAAAGAAUAUCUCAAAGAUAAAAAAGGAUUACCAGACUUCCCAGCUGACACCACUGAUGAUUAUGAAAAGCAAGAUUAUUUCUUUACUUUGAAUCCAGAACAUGUAAUUAAAUUUUCUGCAACUUACCAAAUUAAGCAUGAUGGUUUGCUCAAAGAACAAACUAAGCAAGCUAUGGAAAAA